AUGGCAAGGCUGCCAUCCGAGCUCUGCCCUCACACAGACACAGCCUCGUCCCCAGCUCUGACAGGAAUCUUUUGAGCUGGUUGGCAGCAAGCAACAUGGCAGAGGAGCUGUCCAAAGAGCAGGUGGCUGAGUUCAAGGCAGCCUUCACCAGGUUCGACAAGAACGGAGAUGGCACUAUCAAUGUGCAGGAGCUGGGUGAUGUCCUGAGGACCCUGGGCCAGAACCCGACAGAGGAUGAGCUGAAGAAUAUCAUCGCCCAGGUGGACACGGAUGGUGACGGUGCCAUCAGUUUCCCGGAGUUCCUGGCAGCGAUGGCUAAGAGGAUGAAGUCCUUGGGUGGUCAGCUGGACCUGCAGGAGGUGUUCCGAGCCUUCGACCUGGACGGCGACGGCUACAUCACCAUUGACGAGCUCAAGCAGGCCAUGGCCCGGGUGGGGCAGAAGCUCUCCCAGGAGGAGCUGGAAGCCAUGAUCAAGGAGGCGGACCUGGACAAGGAUGGACGGGUGAACUACGAGGAGUUCUCGCGCAUCCUCAACCAGAAGUGA